CAUGGCCUCUGGUGUGGCUGAGUCAUCAAAGUGUUCAAUGACAUGAAGGUAUGUAAGUCCUCGACAUCAGAGGAGGUGAAGAAGCACAAGAAGGUGGUGCUUUUCUGCCUGAGCGAAGACAAGAAGAACAUCAUUCUGGAAGAGGGCAAGGAGAUCCUGGCUGGUGAUGUGGGCCAGACAGUGGACAACCUCUACGCCACCUUCGUCAAGUUGCUGCCGGACAAAGACUGCCGCUAUGCUCUGUAUGAUGCAACCUAUGAGAUCAAGGAGAGCAAGAAGGAGGACCUGGUGUUUAUCUUCUGGGCCCCUGAGUCUGCGCCUCUUAAGAGCAAAAUGAUCUACGCCAGCUCCAAGGAAACAGGGAUCAAGCAUGAAUUAUAAGCAAACUGCUAUGAGGAGGUCAAGGACCACUGCACUCUGGCAGAGAAGCUGGGGGGCAGUACUGUCAUCUCCCUGGAGGGCAAGCCUUUGUGAGCCUCUCCAGCCCCU